GGAGCGGAGCUCGGCGGGCGGCGGCGCUCGGGGCGGGGCGCGGCGGUUCCGGCCCAGCCAUGGCGGACGAGGCCCCGCGGAAGGGCAGCUUCUCGGCGCUCGUGGGCCGCACCAACGGCCUCACCAAGCCCGCGGCCCUGGCCGCCGCGCCCGCCAAGCCGGGGGGCGCGGGCGGCUCCAAGAAGCUGGUCAUCAAGAACUUCCGAGACAGACCCCGGCUGCCCGACAACUACACGCAGGACACGUGGCGGAAGCUGCACGAGGCGGUGCGGGCCGUGCAGAGCAGCACCUCCAUCAGGUACAACCUCGAGGAGCUCUACCAGGCUGUGGAAAAUCUCUGUUCUCACAAAGUCUCCCCAAUGCUCUACAAGCAACUGCGUCAGGCCUGUGAAGACCACGUCCAGGCACAGAUCCUUCCGUUUAGAGAAGACUCACUAGAUAGUGUUUUAUUUUUAAAGAAGAUUAACACGUGCUGGCAGGACCACUGCAGACAAAUGAUCAUGAUCAGAAGCAUCUUCCUGUUCUUGGACCGCACCUAUGUGCUGCAGAACUCCACGCUGCCCUCCAUCUGGGAUAUGGGAUUAGAACUGUUUAGAACCCAUAUUAUUAGUGAUAAAAUGGUUCAGAGUAAAACCAUUGAUGGAAUCCUACUGCUGAUCGAGCGCGAGAGGAGCGGCGAGGCCGUGGACCGGAGCCUGUUGCGGAGCCUGCUGGGCAUGCUGUCUGACCUGCAGGUGUAUAAAGAUUCAUUUGAACUGAAAUUUUUGGAAGAGACUAAUUGCUUAUAUGCUGCCGAAGGCCAAAGGUUAAUGCAGGAAAGAGAGGUUCCAGAAUAUCUUAACCAUGUAAGUAAACGCUUAGAGGAAGAGGGAGACAGAGUAAUCACUUACUUGGACCACAGCACACAGAAACCACUGAUUGCUUGUGUGGAGAAACAGCUAUUAGGAGAACAUUUAACAGCAAUUCUGCAGAAAGGGCUCGACCACUUACUGGAUGAGAACAGAGUGCCGGACCUUGCGCAGAUGUACCAGCUGUUCAGCCGGGUGAGGGGCGGGCAGCAGGCGCUGCUGCAGCACUGGAGCGAGUACAUCAAGACUUUUGGAACAGCGAUCGUAAUCAAUCCUGAGAAAGAUAAAGACAUGGUCCAAGACCUGUUGGACUUCAAGGACAAGGUGGACCACGUGAUCGAGGUCUGCUUCCAGAAGAAUGAGCGGUUCGUCAACCUGAUGAAGGAGUCCUUUGAGACGUUCAUCAACAAGAGACCCAACAAGCCUGCAGAACUGAUCGCAAAGCAUGUGGAUUCAAAGUUAAGAGCAGGCAACAAAGAAGCCACAGACGAGGAGCUGGAGCGGACGUUGGACAAGAUCAUGAUCCUGUUCAGGUUUAUCCACGGUAAAGAUGUCUUUGAAGCAUUUUAUAAAAAAGAUUUGGCAAAAAGACUCCUUGUUGGGAAAAGUGCCUCAGUCGAUGCUGAAAAGUCUAUGUUGUCAAAGCUCAAGCAUGAGUGCGGUGCAGCCUUCACCAGCAAGCUGGAAGGCAUGUUCAAGGACAUGGAGCUUUCGAAGGACAUCAUGGUUCAUUUCAAGCAGCAUAUGCAGAAUCAGAGUGACUCAGGCCCUAUAGACCUCACAGUGAACAUACUCACAAUGGGCUACUGGCCAACGUACACGCCCAUGGAAGUGCACUUAACCCCAGAAAUGAUUAAACUUCAGGAAGUAUUUAAGGCAUUUUAUCUUGGAAAGCACAGUGGUCGAAAACUUCAAUGGCAAACUACUUUGGGACAUGCUGUUUUAAAAGCGGAGUUUAAAGAAGGGAAGAAGGAAUUCCAGGUGUCCCUCUUCCAGACACUGGUGCUCCUCAUGUUCAACGAGGGAGAUGGCUUCAGCUUUGAGGAGAUAAAAAUGGCCACGGGGAUAGAGGAUAGUGAAUUGCGCAGAACGCUGCAGUCACUGGCCUGUGGCAAAGCACGUGUGCUGAUUAAAAGUCCCAAAGGAAAGGAAGUGGAAGAUGGAGACAAGUUCAUUUUUAAUGGAGAGUUCAAGCACAAGUUGUUUAGAAUAAAGAUCAAUCAAAUUCAGAUGAAGGAAACUGUUGAGGAACAGGUUAGCACCACUGAGAGAGUGUUUCAGGAUAGACAAUAUCAGAUUGAUGCUGCUAUCGUCAGAAUAAUGAAGAUGAGAAAGACUCUUGGUCAUAAUCUUCUAGUUUCUGAAUUAUAUAAUCAGCUGAAAUUUCCAGUAAAGCCUGGAGAUUUGAAAAAGAGAAUUGAAUCUCUGAUAGACAGAGACUAUAUGGAGAGAGACAAAGACAAUCCGAAUCAGUACCACUACGUGGCCUGACGCAUCUGCAGACGGUUCCCCUUCAUGAAACACUAGAAUGUACCCUCAGAGCAGGAAGCACACCUGUGCCAUUUCUGGGACUCUGAUUGAUCCAGCUGUGGACAUUGGAAGGCGAAGGAAGGGAGGUGGCUCCUGGGUCGUCUUUCACAAGGCUCAAGACUUCAACCUGCAGAUGUAUCUUUUUCCCUCCAGUUUUUCCUCUAGUUCUUUUAGGCAUUUAAAUUGUUUCUGUUACUCUGUGCAAAAUAACUUUGAGAUUGGACAAGAAGAUGUUACUAAAGAGAAGUUCCUUUAAAAGGUCUUGUUCUUGUGUCAAAAAGCUGCAAGUUUGGUUUAUUCUCGUGUGUGAUCAUGAGUGCACAAUGAAGAAGACCCUAGAUGCUGCAUUUUUUAGCUCUGAAGAUUCCUUAGGUAUCCCUGAAGACAGCUCGCUCAGAUGAUCAGCAUUUAGAGUGAAAACAAGGGCCCUUCGUGGGUGAACAUUAGAAAGAGCCAGGGUUCAAAGCUGGUGAAUGGAUGACGCACCCUAGCCACUGGCCCCUCUCUGUUUCAUGUAUUUCCAAAAGUUGUAAACUUUGAUGGCUGAUUUUUCGUAAGUCAGGUUUCUAAGUGAGCUCCCUGAGGUGCCAAGGCCAUGGUGUCCGCCCUGCUGCGUCUGUUCGUUUCAGCUGAGUUCCUUGUGAAUCUCUGUUUUAGGGUUUGGGGCUAGUGUGUUUGUGUUUCCAUUCUAAGAUUGAGUCUGGCAGUCCCUGUUUUUUUGCAUUGGGGUAACUGCUCUUUGAUUUUUUUUAAUUGCAGUAUUUGUGUGAUUGCAAUAAUAAAGUUUGGUUUGGUUUUUACAGUCAUGCGCAGGGACGAUCCUUGUUCUCUGCUGUAAACUGUAAAAAGUUUGUGGAGACUUAAAGUCUUGAUGUUGUGAAGCAGAGGUUAUUUUGUGGAAAGAUUAAAAGGAUUUUGUUGGUA